UUGGUGUACACAAUUACAUUGUCUCUGAGCAUAACUGGCAGAGCGCGGAUUUUUCUUGAUGCGUUACAAUGUCACAUGAUUUCAGGUUGUCAGAUUCGCUUUGACUCAUCUACUACAAAUUUGGAAGAAAUCUCCCCCAAACAGCACCAAAAUCACAUAUAUUACCUAGGGCCGGGUCUCCCGAUCAAAUACGGAACAUUCUAACCAAGAUAUUAACAAAUUCGAUCUUGCUGACAAAAGAUUCUGAUAUUUCGGCAUUUACUGCAACUUAGUGAGCAUGGUAAAAGCAAACAAGGAACAUAAUUUCAAGCUUCUUCAAGAGAAGCUUGAUAAAGAGACAGAUGCAUUGGAACAAAAAAUGUUAGAUGUGAAGCCGUGGUAUUUGCAGGGUGAAAUUGCAGCUACUGGACGAAAUGAAAAUACUUUACUUGAAGAACACUUCGAUGUACAACGCCAUGGUCUUUUCAAGCCAGAUGUUCGGGAUGAAGCUGUUAUAAAUGACUACAUCAUAAAAGCCAUCAAAGAAAGAAUGUUCGACAGUCCUGUUUUCAAAGUUAAGGAAGUAAAGGGACCUUCUAAAGAAAUCCCACUACAGAAUAUCGUCCAGAAGUCACUGGUAGAAGAGUAUGAAGGUUUUCUCAAGAGAAAUCAAAUUCUUGAAGAAGACCAAAAUGAUCCCCAAAAAAAUGCAAUCCAGGCUGAGAUGCUGGAACUGUUUGACGAGUUAGAUAGACUUUCUAGUCUUCAUUUUGUCCCGCAUAAGUAUAUACCUGAAUCCACAUCUGCCAAAAAUGAUGCGGCAUCAAAGUUAGAAGAGGUUGGACCGAUGGUUGUCUCUACAGCCAAUCUUCUAGCUCCAGAGGAGAUCUGUCCACCAAGGGGUGAAAUCCUUAUCGGUAGGAAUGAACGCACUCUUGCUGACCGUCGACGUCAUCGUCGGAAGUUAAUGAGGAUAAGAUCAAAACAGUUUAAUCCUCAAAAGAAGGGGAAAGUAGAUGACAGGCAAAUAGCCAUGGCGAGAGUAACCAAAAUGGCACAUCGACCAAAUUCAAAUAUCAAAAUUGUAAAAUGAAACUGUAUUUAUUUCUUCAACUUUGAGUAUUUAUCUUUGCUUACAAAUAUAUAUUCGCUAGCAUUUU